CGCCGUAGUAAAGUACACAACUGCAAUGAACUUCUCAAUGUAACUUGGCUGUUUUAUUGCUGUUUGGCUAGAGGGAAAAUACACAAUUAUUCGCGAUUCCUUUUUUUUCUACAGAAUAAAACGAAUCCCAGGGAGAUUUGGAGAAUUUGGUAUCCACUUUUUCGAAAACCAUGUCGUCCGCGGCUGUAGCUGCUUCGAGGAGGCAGUCGUGUUAUUUGUGUGACUUGCCCCGCAUGCCAUGGGCAAUGAUCUGGGAUUUUACCGAACCUGUUUGCAGGGGAUGUGUCAACUACGAGGGAGCCGACCGGAUUGAGUUUGUAAUUGAGACUGCCCGACAGCUGAAGAGAGCUCAUGGCUUCCAGGACGGGAGAUCUCCCGGGCCAGGCAAACCUCAGCACUCGGGGAAGGAAAUUCAGUCCCACAACCAUUCGGCUGGAGACCCCGGCUCGCGUCCGCCUCAGCCUCUGGAUCGCUAUCCCCUCUCUGACCGGCCGCCAAGGUUGGGACCGGAGUACCAACCGGGGAGGCAAGUUAACGGCAUCCCUGUGCCAAAUGGAUUUCCAAAACCCGACGACCCGCCGGAGCUGAACCGCCAGAGCCCCAACCCUCGCAGGACUAGCACGGUUCCUCCCAAUUUGGUGCCUUUAGUAAACGGAAACAUGGGUCCAGUACACGCACUCAAUGGUCGGCCCGCCCAAAUGGGUAUGCCGGGCGCGUUGAAUGUUCCUGGUCAAGGCGACCACGGCAAGCGCGGGGAGGAUAUGAAAGACAAGCAUAGACCGGAUAGCAUGUCGGACAUGUCGGAGAGCCACAAGCGGGCGGAGGAGUGGAUGGGCAAAGGCAAAACAGUGAGGGAUUUGAUGGCUCUCCACACAUUCGACAGCAGGUUCAAGAAAGACCAUGCGGCGAUGCAGCGCGUUAUGGGAUACGAGACAAGUGCAACUUCUUCAAAACCAGACCGAGGGAAGCACCCACGAAGCAUGAAGAGGAAAGCCUCCCCUGAGCCGGAUGGCGAGGGCUCCGCCCCCAAGAUGAACGGCGGCGAGGGCCAGCCGUGGUUGCCGUCGCCCUCAGAGGUCCUCAAGAUGCCCCCGGCCUCCCUGCCAGGCUUCUCUGCCGCUCCACCCUCCACCAUCUCCCCCCACAGUCGCACCACCCCACCGGAGGCGGCCACGGCACAGAACGGCCAGUCGCCCAUGGCAGCACUUAUCCUCGCCGCCGACAAUGCCGGCUCGCCCAAGGAUGCCAACCAGGUGCACUCCACCACGGCAGCGGGCCGGCGCAACAGCGGGAGCCCACUGUCCCCGUCCUCUGCAGGCCAGCGGCGGCUGACCCAGAGGGAGGUGGUGGCCACGGCGCACUCGCAGGGCAUGGACCCUCACGGGGCACUGCCGCAGAGCAUUCCAGACUCGUCGGUGCCGGGCAGCGUGCCACUGUGCUGCACCCUGUGCCACGAGAGGCUGGAGGACACACACUUUGUCCAGUGCCCAUCGGUGCCCUCACACAAGUUCUGCUUCCCUUGCUCUCGGGAGAGUAUCAAACAGCAGGGAGCCACGGGAGAGGUGUACUGCCCCAGCGGGGAGAAAUGCCCACUGGUGGGCUCCAACGUACCAUGGGCCUUCAUGCAGGGUGAAAUAGCCACCAUCUUGGCAGGGGACGUGAAAGUAAAAAAGGAGAGAGACCCUUGAUUUUACCAGCGUUUUUUUUUAACUACCACAACAACAAACAAAAACCAACAUGUACACCAUUACAAAUGAAUAUAAAUCCUCGUACCAUAGAUACCAUCCAGAAGAAACUGAUGGACAUGUACAUAUUGGACACAAGGGAAGUUGUAUACUUCGUAAACAUGGCUGUAUCGUUUUGUUUUUCAAUACAUUGUGUUUCUAUAUUUUUUUUGAAGAUAAAGGUAUGUACUCAUCAUAACAGACUACUUUCCUCCUCCCUCUUUUUUUCGAUGUCCUAUCGAUGUACUUUUUAGUUCUGGUGGCAGUCCCUGUUAAACAUAGAAUGUGACUAACUAAUAUGACUCUACGAGCACUUGGCAAACUGAAUUGCUUCUAGCUGUACUUGUAUGCACUUGUUUAAAAAAAACUUGCCAAAUACAAUUUCUGACCUUGUAAUAA